UGUGGCGAUGUCUGGGAGAGGAAAGGGCAGUGGCGGGAAAGCUCGUUCGAAGGCGAAGUCCCGGUCGUCCCGGGCCGGGCUGCAGUUCCCGGUGGGCCGUGUUCACAGGCUCCUGAGAAAGGGUAACUAUGCUGAGCGUGUGGGUGCCGGAGCGCCGGUCUAUCUGGCUGCGGUGCUCGAGUACCUGACGGCUGAAAUCCUCGAGCUGGCCGGUAACGCGGCCCGGGACAACAAGAAGACCCGCAUCAUCCCCAGGCACCUCCAGCUGGCCGUGCGCAACGACGAAGAGCUCAACAAGCUGCUGGGAGGGGUGACCAUCGCACAGGGCGGGGUGCUGCCUAAUAUUCAGGCCGUGCUGCUGCCCAAGAAAACCGCCGCUGGGAGCGCCACUAAAAAGUGAAGACACUUCUUGAAUCUGACAACCCAAAGGCUCUUUUAACAGCCACCCACAAUAUCAGUGAAAAGCAGCUAGACUUUCACUGCUGGCUAACUAAUUUUCAUUUUAUGUGCAAACACGGUCCUCUAAACGCGCAAAAAUCAUCCCUUUUGUUUUCGCUUUAACAGUGAUAAAACUAGAACGGGACGAAUAAAGUUGGAGGGUUUGCUGCAGGGACAGCGACUGCGACUUUAAAUAGUGACUCAAAGCGGUAUCCCCAUCCAGGGAACAUGAGACAUGGAAUAGCUCGGCCCCAGAAAGAUGCCAUGCGAGACAGAACCGACCAUCCUCAGAGGAUCGAAUACACUUGUGGGAGAUUGGGCAAAAUUUCGAUUGCAUGGCCAAAACUACAAAAAUCAUUUGUGUAAUGUGGCGGGUUUUGAAAUUGGCGAUUGUUUCCCACCCUCCUUCUCCGGCAAGUUCAGUUACA